AUGACCAUCGACACUUCCAUCCCCACCAACCUCCAUGAAUCCUACGACUAUAUCGUCGUAGGAGGAGGCACUUCUGGCCUCGUUGUUGCCAACCGCCUCACUGAAGAUCCUUCGGUCAAUGUCCUCGUUCUCGAGGCUGGCAGCAACCGCGUCGAUGAUCCUCGCAUUGCUGCUCCUGGUCUUGCCGUGGCCACCUACGAUGACCCCGACUUUGACUGGUGCUUGACCAGUGUGCCUCAAGAACACCUCAAUGGCCGUCGUCUGGCUGAACCCCGUGGUCGAACCCUCGGAGGAUCCUCCGCCAUCAACCUGGGCAUGGUCAUCUAUCCCAGCAAGACCGACCUGAACGCAUGGGAGCAGCUGGGCAACGACGGCUGGAACUGGGAGUCAAUCUCGCCAUACAUGCGCAAGUCGCAGACCUUCACUCCCCCUUCCGCUGAAGUCCGCGAACAGCUCUCGCUCAACUACCUGGAUGAGUCGAUCCAGGGCACCGACGGUCCGUUGCAGGUAUCCUUCGGUGAAGGCCCCUUUCUUCCGUUCAACAGUGCCUGGCCAAAGGUGUUCGAGGCGUUGAAUCAUAGCAUCACGGGUGAUCCCAUGUCUGGCGUGGCGCAGGGGGCCUUUUGCAAUCCCGGUUCUAUUCAUCCGACAACAAGACAUAGGAGCCACGCGGGCGUGUCUUACUAUAACGCCGAGGUGGCGCAACGGGCAAACCUGCGUGUCGUGACAGACGCACUGGUAGAGAAGAUCAUCUUGAAGAAACAAGGCGAAGAUGUCAUCGCGACAGGCGUGCAAUUCACCGGGAAAGACGGCGUCCAGCAGACCAUCUCAGCAGGCGCAGAAGUCAUCCUCGCAGCUGGCGCCAUCAAAACCCCUCACGUCCUCGAACUGUCUGGAAUUGGCGAUGCCAAACUGCUUCAGUCUCACGGGAUUGAAACUGUGAUUGACAACCCUGCCGUCGGUGAGAAUCUGCAGGAACACGGCUUCGUCCCGUUCAGCUGGCAGAUGGCAGACGGUUUCAUGGGAGGUGAAGCCCUGCGGGAGCCUGAAAUCGCGAAGAUGGCGAUGGAGGGAUGGCAGACAGCCGGUGCUGGCCCGCUGGGUCUCUGCGCGAUUCACUCUGCAUACAUGACGCCUCCCGAUCUGCGCGAUGGCGAGAUGAAUCGCCUCAUCCAGGAGUAUCUCACGACGCCUGCCACCCCAGGCUUGGAGGCACAAUAUGACGUCCUCCGUCAGCUUCUCGAAGACACCAACGAGCCAAGUGGACAAUACACCAUCGCGCCAUUCGAGGCAACGCCUGAAAAGGGGCCCGCCAUGAAAGGCAUUUUCUCCAUGGCCGAGCCAGGCAGCUUCCUCAGCAUCGUCGCCGUCUUGAACCGACCUUUCUCGCGAGGAUUCGUGCACACCCAGUCCAACAAUCCCAAAGAUCUCCCUCUCUUCGACCCCAAGUUCCUUUCUCACCCAUUGGAUAUGGAGCUUCACGCACGACACACCAACUGGCUGGAGACACUGGCAGGCACAGAGCCCAUGGCCUCGCUCCUGAAACCCAACGGACGCAGACUGCACCAUCACGAACGCGUCUCUAGUCUCGAGACAGCGCGCGAGUUGACGCGUGACCGUAUCGUCGCGCAUUACCACGUCGCCGGUUCGUGCGCCAUGAUGCCGAAAGAGAAAGGAGGUGUCGUCGAUUCCAAGCUGAAGGUGUAUGGGACGAAGAAUCUGCGAAUCGUGGACGCCAGUGUCCUUCCUGUGAUUCCGAGAGGAAAUAUCCAGACGACGGUGUAUGCCGUGGCGGAGAAGGUGGCGGAUAUCAUCAAGCAGGAGAGGAAGCUGUAG